AUGUCAUUAGUAGAUUCCGAAUCUUCUGCUCCUAGUAUAGAACGCAGCAGCAACACAAGCAGCACAUCUGCGUGUCCCUUCUCGGUAGAAAUGAUUGCUGACGAAAACGACGAUGGUUCUGCCAACAGCGUUCACCUGGCAAUUCCUGAAUCCUCUUCCAUGAAGUCUCUGAGACAGGAAGAAGAGGAGGACGAAGAGACAGGGCCGGAAUUAGUUCGUGUAGACUCAUCCGAGAACUCGGCAUCGUCCACAGACGAUAAAGAAGGGGAAAAGCCAGAGAUGGCAACGCGAGUGUCGUCUUCUUCAUCCAGGGAAGUGGUGAAGAAGAGUCAGGAAGAUGCUGGAAUGAUUGAUUGUUUAUCAGAUCAGUUUUCCAACAUGUUUUGUCCGGCUGGGGAGUCACACUUGUGCAUAUCCAAAAAGGAAAAUCGAAUGGUUUCCUGUGAAGUUCCUUGCCAGGCCUUUGAUCCUUCCGAUCCUUCCACUGACGUCUUCUCACAUCUUCAGUUUUGGUGGACUCCAUCUCAGGAGGAAAAACUCCAACUGAAAAAGUCUCCCAAGAACCGAUCCAUGCGCAAGAAGCACAGACAUGUCAAGAGUCUCAUGGACAAUUGGCAUCCCAAACAUUCGGAACCAUUGGUGAGAUCCAAAUCCAUCUUGGAUGCUGGACAUCAACAGCAAGUGGUACCUCAAAGUCCGACUAUGGAUACGGCUUGUUAUGACUCCGAUCCCGAAGAAGUCUACAAGAAUGAAGAACGCCGGGAGUCUAUGCAUUUUGGUGGAUUCAAGGAUCGAAAACCUUCUCCUCUCAAUACCUCGCUUGGUGAUGAUCGGCUAAUGAGUGGUGGUCACCCACGAGCACCCACGAAUGCGACUCGCAAAAACUUUCACUUUGCGUCUACGGACCGGUCUCCUUUGACUCCCAGCCACUUGGAUCUCAUGAGUCCGGAGAACGAUGAAUAUAUUCGAGAGUUUGUGCAGGAGGUUACUAAUAGCCGUCUCAACCUGAUAUGGCACCGUUACAAUGAGCCCGAGGGAGACUGUCUUUCGGAUGGUCUAAGGGCCCCAAUGGCAGUCUCGGCUACCUUUGAGGUUGGAACUCAUUUGGACCACAAGGUGGUCCAGCCCAAGUUGACUUGGAAUGCUUCCAACUCGAAUCAAAGUCCUGCAAAAAAGUCUCAACUCGAUUCCAACUGGGUCGAAUUGCUUUCUAUUAUCCGGGUCAUUACUCCAAACAAGUUGAAUCGCAAGUUGUAUCCCUUUGCUCGCACGGACCGGACUCUUUGCAUUGUGGCCAAUGACAAUCGCAAUCCGUAUCUGGUCUUUGAAGCAGAAAGCCAAGAACAGCGCGAUUGGCUCGUUACGGCUCUCAAGAUGACGGUAGCGCGAUUGGCCUCUAUCAUUAUCAUUAAGGACGAGUCCAUGCUACUUGAAUUCUUUUCUCCCUAUGCGGCUUUGAUUUCACUCCGAGAACAGGAGGAAGCGGACGAAGAAGAAUCUGUUGAGGAAGAUGUGGAUUUGGUCAAUGGCGACCUUAACUUGAUGGAAAUGUCACCCGUCUUGUUUAAUCCCAAGGAUCUGUGA